AAAGGGGUAUGCGUGUCCAGCAUGGAGGAAGACGAAGAGGAGGAUUACAUGUCCGAUUCGUUCAUCAAGCAGGACGUCAGGCCCGGCUUGCCCAUGGUGAGGCGCGUGAGGGAGGCCAUUCAGAAGGAAGAGAAGCAGAAAGAAGCCAACGAGAAGAACAGGCAAAAGAGCGUAAAAGAAGAGGAAAAAGAGAGGCGCGAGGAGGUGCUGAGGAGCGCGCUGGGCAACGAGAACAGAGGCUUCGCGUUGCUCCAGAAGAUGGGCUACAAGAGCGGCCAGGCCCUGGGCAAAAGCGGAGAAGGCAUUGUUGAACCUAUUCCUCUGAACAUAAAAACAGGCAGAAGUGGGCUUGGUCAUGAGGAAUUCAAAAAGCGAAAAGCUGAAGAAAAACUAGAAAGCUACAGACAAAAACUCCAUAUGAAAAAGAAAGCAAAUGAACAGGCUGCAGAUCAGUUCAGAACAAGAUUCAAAAACAAACAAGAGGAACGUAAAAUGGAAGGGGACCUCCGAAAAAGCCAGAGGGCCUGCCAGCAGUUGGAUAUGCAAAAGGAUAUUGAUGUUCCCAAGGAGAUUUGGUAUUGGAUAGAACCUGAAGAGGAAGAGAACAAGGAUGAAGAAGAGAAAGAAGACGAAUGCACAAGUUCAGAGUUCAGUGUAUCAGAAAAGUUACAGCUCCUGACUGCUUAUUUAAGAGAAGAACAUUUUUACUGCAUUUGGUGUGGCAUAACCUACGAAGAUGCUGAAGAUUUAUCUUCAAACUGCCCAGGAGACAGUGCUGCAGACCAUGACUGAAGUCUUCCUCAAGAAAAGAAUUCUAGAUAAAUAUGUAUAUAGUUAAUAAACUUUUUU